AGGAGAAGAAGUGAAGAACACGGUGGCCACUGCUGUUUCGUUUCGGCCGCGUGCUCUGACCUCUCCUCCCCCGCUGCGUAUAAAUACAGACUCCCAAUCCCCAGAACCUCUCAUCCUGACCUCAAAUCGAACCUUGGCCCUCCAACCACCGCCGCAGAGAAGAUCCCCAAUUCCUCCUCCCCGUUCCCAAGCCCCAGAACUCACGCGCCGGAAGCCCCAACAAAUCCUUGCCUAUUGAGCGAGCGAUGGAGGCAGCAGCAGCAGCAGCCGCGGCGCUCAGGUCGCCCACCGCCGCCGCCGCGCCUUCGAGGCGGGUCGGGGCCACGCGCGGCGCCGGCGCUAGCGCUAGCGCGAGCUCGCUCCCCUUCGAGCGGAGACGCGGUUUCUCCUUCGGCUCCAUCAAGGGUCUCGGGACUUCUAGAAGGCGAAGCAGUGUGGUCAUGGCAUCUUCGUCUCCGUCGGAGUUGCCGUCGUCUUCGCCGAUCGCGCCGUUGCAGAUGGAAUCUGCAGUAGGGCAGUUCCUCUCGCAGAUUCUGGUCACGCACCCACACCUGCUGCCCGCUGCCGCCGAGCAGCAGCUCGAGCAGCUCCAGACUGUCCAUGAUGCCGCUAAGAAGGAGAACGGCAGCGACACGCAGGCACCACCGCCAGGUGGCGACAUCGUGCUGUACAGACGGAUUGCUCAGGUUAAAGAAAAGGAGAAGAAAAGGACUUUGGAGGAGAUUCUGUACGCGAUGGUUGUUCAGAAGUUUGUUGAAGCUGGCGUCUCUUUGGUCCCAGCUCUCUCGCACUCCAUUGAUACUUCUGGUAGAGUUGAUCAGUGGGCAGAACCUACAGAAGGGAAGCUUGAGCGUUUGCAUUCACAUGAGGCCUAUGAGAUGAUCGAGAACCACCUAAAUCUCAUAUUGGGGCAACGGCAAGCUGAUGCCACUGUUGCAGCCAUAAGUAAGCUCCGAGUUGGCCAAGUCUAUGCUGCAUCUGUUAUGUAUGGCUAUUUCCUGAAGAGGGUCGAUCAGAGGUUUCAGCUUGAGAAGUCAAUGAAGAGCCUCCCUUGGGGAUCACAAGAUGAUGCGCUCAAUCAAGUUAUGAUGACUGACUCACGGCCCUCAACUGAAGCUUAUAGUUCUCAUCCAGAGAUGGAGUCAUGGACGUCCUCUGACCUCAGUGCAGGAGGGCUUGGCCAAUCUAUCAAGCCUUGCCGUCUUAGGUCAUAUGUUAUGUCAUUUGAUUCAGACACGUUACAAAGUUAUGCAACAAUUCGGUCGAAGGUGGCCUUUGGCAUCAUUGAGAAGCACACAGAGGCGCUAUUUGGGAAACCAGAGAUUGUAAUCACGCCUGAAGGAACCGUCGAUUCUUCCAAGGAUGAGCAUGUCAGGAUAAGUUUUGCAGGGCUGAGAAGGCUGAUCUUAGAGGCUGUUACUUUUGGAUCCUUCCUUUGGGAUGUCGAGAGCUAUGUGGAUUCCAGGUACCAUUUUGUCACCAACUAGUUGGAUCCAGCGUAGAUUGAUGGCAUGUAUAUCUGGUUUAGCGAAGACUGUUGUACAAUGGUAGUUACCGAUGUAUGCCUAGAACCAUACGAUUCUGGCAUCACAACAUUCUAAAGAGGAAGUGUCAUUAACCUAAUAUCCAGAUACUUAGCUUUGUUAUCAUUUGCUCUGCCUGGGGCGUUUCAUUGCUGGCAGCCUGGCAUCACAGCAUUGUAUGACAUCCUAUUCACGAUGAUGUGUAGUGUUAUAUAUACCAAUAUAUUAAAUUGGAGUUGGUGGUGA